AUGUCAUACUUUGAUCUUGACGAUAUCCUUUCAGAUGGAGAAAAAAUCCCUUGCCGUUUCAAUAUGACUGUCCCUGGUUUAGGGUAUCUUGAAGGGAACGCUGGUAAAGACAUUGAGAGAAACACCAAAGUGGAACUACCACUUUGGCUUGCAGAAGUACUCGCUAUUUGUGAACUUUCGGAAGAGUCACAAUCUUCAUUUAUUGAUCUUUCACAGCCCGAAUUUUUAAACCAAAAAGUCAUCAACGCAAUAAAGGCUAACCCAUUAAGUGUAGAUCUCCACUCUAUCUUAAGUAAUUACUACAGGCUAAGUGAGAAAUGGGCUGCUAUGUUUAGUGACUCGGAAUUGAUUGAAAUUGUACUGACCAUGUUGAAGGAAAGGGCCUUUGAGAUUAAUAAUUAUGCUUGUAAUGCUAACAAGCAGACAAACAGUAACUUUUUAUACUCGUUGGACGAGUUUGAGAAGAAAUUGUACAAGACUACUGCAGUCUCAAAUAAGCAAAUGAGAAACUGGCUCAAGAGUUAG